AUGGCAACCACAGCGCGUGUGCCACCGCCAGCCUCGAAACGGCCAGCUUCGGGAACAGCUCCCACGCCAGCCAUCUCUAGAGGCGCAACUGCGCGCUCUGCUGUCAAUCCCCGCGUUUCCUCCUCUCUUUCUUCUCCUGCUCGACGCAGCUCUCUCAGCAAAGUGACACCUCCAACGAAUAAUGGCGAAACCCGCGAGUCCCUUGCCCAAUCUCUUAGAAAUGAAAUCGAGCAAAAGGAACAGCUUCUCGUUCAAUUGCAGGACAAGCAACAAAUCAUCGUAACCCUGACCAAGGAAAAUAGCAACUAUGCUUCUGCCAUGAACGCCGCCGAGACCAGUCUCAACGAGCUCUACACCGAGCAAAGUAGAAUGGACGAAGAGCUAUCCGCCCGCAUGGACGUGAUUGAGAAGCUUCGAUCACAAGUGAAGGAGCUCGAGAAGGAAAAGCGAGACGUCCAGCGUAGGUACAACGAGCAGGUAUGUGCCACUACAUCAACGUUCGAAGCGGAAAGACAGGCGUUUUAUGACAACGAACAACACCUCAAAUCCCGUAUCCAAUCCCUUUCUCAAGCCCGUAAAGCGCCCCGUAUCCCGCGCGCGCCCUCUGUCGUUGAUCCGGAGUCUGAGGCCGAAUGGAUGGAAGAUGAUGAUCAGCCUUCCGAACCCACGACUCCACUCAACCAGCCACAGGGGCUCAGUCCCGAAGCAGAGCCCGCCGAGAUGACCGCCCUGAAGCUGGAGCUUUCGACUCUAUCCACUUCCCAUGCCUCCCUCCAGAAUACGCUCCAGUUGAUCCAAACCCAGCUCAUAGACCUCAAACGGGUUAAUAACCAGCUCCAGGAGGACAAUGAAAGUUACAACAUCCUUCUUCGCGAGAAGACGCUCAGCGGCACUUUCGAUCUCAUGAAACAAGUUGGCGGCAUUAGCGAGUCCUCGAGCGACCGUGACGACGAUGAUACUGAAGGCGAGGAUAGCGGUGACAUGAACAGCCUUCCAAAUUCCUCACGCAGUGCUCUCGGUACGGUGGAAGAGCGCGACGAGCGGGUGGAUGAACGAGUGGACGUGGUUCUCGACCCUGGUUACAAUAAAGUCGAGGAUGAGAUGGUUCCUGGUGCGGUCGGCGAAACCAUGGAUAGUGACCACGACUCUAUCGGAGAUUCGACACGGAGCUCUCGCAAAGCUCGUGGCGGACGGCGGCGCGCGGGUUCUACUUCCCAAUCUCCUGGCGCCACCCGCGGAGAGUCGCUUGCGGGCUUGCCUAUCACUGGUCCUGGUCUCGAUCUUGCCGCAGAGCUUGGACGUGCCGAAAACAAUGCCAUUCUCGAGGGUCAGACCAUUGAUGACCGCGACAAAUCGAUCACGAACAAAGGUGCCAAGCGUGGCAAGAAGGACAGGAAGGUAUCCUAUGCUUCAGAGGCUGGCGGCGAACCUGGCAUUCCCAACGACGUCGAAUCUCUCAGAAACGAAGUCAAAUCCCUCAAGGAUGCCAACAAAGCAUUGUCGCUGUACGCAUCCAAGAUCAUAGACAGGAUUAUCUCUCAAGAAGGAUUCGAGCACGUCCUUGCUGCCGACUACGAGAAGCAGCCGCCAACUCCCAAUUCUGCUACUAUGCAGAACAAGAGUUCAUCCCUGGCCCCUCCUACCAAAAUGCAGCGUCGCGCUUCAAUGUUUUCACGGUCCUCCGCACCACCUCCACCCGAACCCGCUCCCGUCGAGAGAUUGACAACGUUUAGCUCUCCCCCCUUGAACAGCGGCCUCAACACCCCUCCCAUACGCACUCAGCGUCGAUCCCUGUCGUUCGACUGGCGAGGAUUUUCUGUAUUCGGUGGCGGCGAGAAAAAGGACAAUCCUACAAACAGUCGAUCUAUGACGCUCAAGCCUGGCGCCGUUAACUCUGUUCCCGGAGCCCGAAAACUGGAUACACAGGAGGACGACGAUGACCGAAGGGAGAGAGAACGUUUGGCCGCGACGAUGAAACUCAUGGGGAUCGAAAAACCUCUUUCGCCUCCGGUUAUCCAUAAGAGUUUCUCCAACCCAACAGAGAGUACAUCGCCCUCGUUAACCAUAUCUCCACCGCUGUCCAGCCCCAGCAUCUCGACUCCGUCCACGAGCAGGUUUUCCUUGUUUAGGAGAUCAUCAAGUGCGGCGAACUCUGACGGUUCGUCGAAGUCAGCCCCGGUGAACCUGACCGAGGACGCGCUUGCCAUGUCCGAAGCCGAAAACACCCUCGCUGCUCUUGACGCUCAAGAGAAGGCGAUGAGCGCCGAAAUGGCAAAAGGCGCGGGUAGUGGUUUCACCGAGAUUGUACCUCGUCGUAAGUCGGGCAGCAGGCGCAGUCGGACGAGUGGUGGUGGCAGUGGAAGUACCGUCUGGAGCGCUGGAAUGAGUCGCGAGGCCGACGACGGGGAUGAUUGA